AAGUGACGACUAAACAAAUAUAUCCUUUUGGAGCUUAUCAGAAGCAUCUCUUCCCCCUGUUUUUAUCUCUGUGUCUCUCUCACUCUUCCUUGUCGAGUUCGGCCGUUGAAUUGCGAGGACAUCUUCCUCGUCUUUCUGUGAACUUUCGAGCUGUUCCGCUCUUGUGAGUGUUCCAUUUGCUUUUUUUUCUUUCCCUGUUCUUGGUGAUCUUUCUGUCGCUUUGCUUUCUUGGAGCGCCCUCUUUUGCUCUGUUUGUGGUAUGUGCUUUAGCUGAUACUUUACACAUGCUCUGUCCACUUUCAUCUUCUUUAAUUGUAGCUUAUCGUCUUCUCUUUUGCUCGCAACUCUCUUUCUCUGAUGAUGAUUCUUUAUUGCGCCUUGUAAGGAACUAUCCAUAGUCGGUCUGUCUCAAGCUCAGGAUCAUCUCUCUCUCUCUCUUUCCCUUGUACUUGAAAAUAAAGAAGAUCAGCUCAGGUUUCUGGGUCAUUGACAGUUGGCUUCUUUCUCGAAUUCAGUGACGAGUUCGGUGUAAAUUGUAGGAGGACCCGAGUAAAUUGAGUAGUUGAGUGGAUCGAGCUGGAAUUGUGUGCAUAUGGGGUUCUUUAAAUUUAUAGCUUUUAGUAGGCUGUGUGUUGCCCUGUUAUUCUUGGAUGAGCUGGUGAGCUCGGUGGGUGGGAUUGGAGUGAAUUGGGGAAUACAGGCGACCCAUCCUCUGCCGCCUGCGACGGUGGUGAGGAUGCUGCAGGACAAUGGGAUUCAGAAGGUGAAGUUUUUCGAUGCCAAUUCGAGCUUCUUGGGUGCUCUGAGUAAGUCUGGGCUUCAGGUGAUGGUGGGGAUUCCGAAUGACAUGCUCUCUUCUCUGGCGAGCAACGUUGAGGCGGCGGAGAAUUGGGUUGCGCAGAAUCUCUCUUCGCACAUCUCCUCCAAUGGAGUGGACAUCCGGUAUGUUGCAGUAGGGAAUGAGCCAUUUCUAUCGGCGUACAACGGAACCUACCUUAAUACAACCCUUCCUGCCCUCCAGAAUGUCCAGGCAGCUGUUGUGAAAGCCGGAUUGAGCGCACAGGUCAAAGUCACCAUCCCUCUCAAUGCUGAUGUGUUAGCGAGCUCGACAUAUCUUCCUUCUGAUGGAGACUUCCGGUCAGAUAUCCACGAUCUCAUGUUGGAGAUUGUCAAGUUCCUCAGCGACAAUGGAGCUCCUUUCACCAUCAACUUCUACCCUUUCAUCAGCCUCUACAAUGACCCCAACUUCCCAGUGGAUUUUGCCUUCUUCGACAACUCGUCAUCGACACUGAACGAUAAAGGCACAAUAUACACCAAUGUGUUCGAUGCGAGUUAUGACAUGCUUGUGUGGGCCCUGCAGAAGAAUGGUUAUGGAAACAUGUCCAUCAUUGUUGGAGAGGUCGGAUGGCCUACAGAUGGAGACAAGAAUGCGAAUGCGAAGAACGCUCAACGGUUCAACCAAGGGUUCAUGACUCGGUACUCGGCUGGAAAGGGGACCCCCAUGAGGCCUGGCCAAAUGGACGCCUACUUGUUCAGCCUGAUUGAUGAAGAUGCAAAGAGCAUUCAACCUGGCAACUUCGAGCGCCAUUGGGGUUUGUUCUAUUUCGAUGGGCAGCCAAAGUACGUGCUCAAUCUCGGUUCCACAAGCUCAAAUGGCUUGGUAGCUGCAAGGGAUGUCAAAUAUCUGGCUAAGAAAUGGUGCGUGAUGUCACAGUCAGCAAGCCUCCAAGACUCGCAAGUGGCACCUAGUGUGAGCUACGCUUGUUCCCUUGCGGAUUGCUCGAGUCUCGGGUAUGGGACUUCGUGCGGCAACUUGAGUGCUCAAGGGAACAUCUCAUACGCGUUCAAUAGCUACUACCAGCAGAAUAAUCAACUCGACAGCGCCUGUCAGUUUCCCAACCUAUCAGUCAUUACGGGCAGCGAUCUGUCUGUCGGAGAUUGUAAAUUCAUCAUCAUGAUCCAAACGCAGUCCUCGAGCUUGGUUGCGAAUGCCGGAUCUCCGAGAAGAGGUAUUGUUCCAGCUGUAUUGGUGUCCUCAUUGCUGUACAUGAUUCUGUGAAUGUCGCAGUUAUUUCAUAUACUAGAACACGAUUGUAAGAAGGCAAUGUGGCUUCAUUAUAGGUGCUGUUAACAGUUUCGUACACAGUUAUACCUGUCUUCAUUUUCCUGUAAAUAGACAUUAUCAAGAAUUGGAAAAAGAGUUGAAUUCUGUCAA